UCGCAGUGACCAUCCUCGACGCUGGAUGUUCGCUCCCCGAAAUCUCUCCCGGCCUUGUUUGCAGGCUGGGAAACGACUUAUCCAUCCCCCCCCCUGAUUCCCGCGAUUUCCCUUGCCGGUGCGAGCGAAAAGAUCGAACAACAUGAAUUUGUCGCUCAUCGAUCCUUUCGUCCUGGCCCAGGACUAUCCAGACACAUUGUCCGAGAAGCUCAGAAGCGGGCAUGCGACAUGUCUACGGUUCAACCGCAAAGGAGAUUACCUAGCAUCCGGACGGGCCGAUGGGACAGUGGUGAUAUUUGACGUGGAGACAAACGGAGUGGCGCGAAAGCUGCGAGGUCAUACCAGGCAGAUUCAGUCACUAAGUUGGUCCAGAGACGGUCGGUAUCUCCUCAGCUCCUCACAGGAUUGGAAAUGUAUCCUGUGGGAUUUGAAAGACGGCUCCCGAGUGCGCACUGUCCGCUUCGAGGCACCUGUAUACAUCGCCGAACUACAUCCUUACAACCAUUUGCUAUUUGUAGCGUCCCUCUUCGAAGACCAGCCCGUCCUCGUGGACGUCACAUUCCCCAAGCCAGUCAAACGAAUUCUCCCUUCCGCUCCGUUUCGUCCUCCCCCGCUAAAGAACGAAGAAAUCGACCCCGCCGUUGCCGCCAAACAAGCAGCUCAAGAUGCGAAGCAUUCCACGUGUGUUACAGUCUUCACCGCUCUGGGAAACCAUAUCAUAGCAGGUACAUCUAAGGGCUGGAUCAAUAUCAUUGAAACACAAACCUGCACCACAAUACAUUCCACUCGUCUCUGCAAUGGUGUGGUGAUCCUACUUCGCCUAGCGAGUAACGGCCGGGACCUACUAGUCAACAGCUCAGAUCGCGUGAUACGCACGAUUCUCAUGCCGGACCUCUCGCAAUUAGGCAUCGACCUGGAGCCUACCAACAUCAAACUCCAAGUGGAACAUAAAUUCCAGGACGUGGUUAACCGCUUGAGCUGGAAUCAUGUCGCAUUUUCUUCCACCGGCGAGUUUGUCACCGCAUCCACGUUCAUGAACCCCGACAUCUACGUGUGGGAGCGGAGCCACGGCUCCUUGGUUAAGAUCCUGGAGGGCCCCCGCGAGGAGCUGGGAGUGGUGGAAUGGCACCCUGGCCGUCCGAUGGUGGUAGCAUGUGGCCUGGAAUCCGGAUGCAUCUAUACAUGGUCGAUUGUGACUCCACAAAAAUGGUCGGCGCUGGCUCCUGAUUUUGGCGAGGUCGAAGAGAACGUCGAAUAUGUGGAACGAGAAGACGAGUUUGACAUUCAUCCGGCAGAGGAAAUCCAUCAGCGUCGGUUGGAUCAGGAGGACGAAGUCCCGGACGUGCUCACGAUCGAACCAAACAAAAGCGGUACCGAUGAGGAUAUUACAUCAUUCCGCAUGCCGGUCCUCCUCGAUAUUUCGGACAGUGAAAGCGAAGACGAUAUCAUUGCAGUCGGGCCAGGCACAAUGAGGCGGCGAAGUCCGGGAGCCGGUCGGGACAGGGCGAAUGCCAACGGAGAUGGAGAGAAAGACAAUGCCACCGGUGGCAGGAAUGGUACCGCGCGAGGGCAGAAGGGUCGGCGGCGUUGAAGAGCUGCAUGGCUAUGGUGGCCCCAGACCGUUCCUCCCUAGGCACCCUUCUUUUCUUCUUUUUCCUUGGGACCUUUUAUUGAGGCAUCUGUUAGUCAGGCCGAUCGGGUGUCAUUAGGCGUUCGGUGGUUUUUUUCCCAAAGGGACACAGGGUUUUUUCUGGUAUACAUACUGUACACGGUUGGUGGGAGUCUUGGUGGAGACGACCAAGGACUGCAAAUUUUCCUGUUUUGCGCCCCCUUUUUUUCUUGUCUUGUAAAUAUAUAUGCACCGUAAGUCGUUCAAUAAUAUCAAUGAU